UCUUGGUUGCUUCUUAGUCAGUGGUGAGGCGUGUUGGAGACGUGCGUCGCCAUGUGGUGUACUGUCCGGCCAGGGGAUUUAGGAUUAGCUCUAUAGGACCAACGUGAAGGGACAACGUGCGGCAGAGGUUCGAAGCCCACGAAUUUCCAUGAGCUCGGCCUGGCUUCCUUCUUGGGAUUGUUCCUUUCUCGGAGAGAAUUGUAUAAAAGAGGGAGAAAUAACCCCACAUCUCUUGACACUAGAGCUCCAGGUCCCCCGACCAUGGGAAGCAAUCACGCUCUGGACAGUAAAGGUGAAGACAGCGACUUGUCGGAGCUUGGAGAGUCUCUAGAAUGAAGAAGGCCUGGAUCUUCUGUGUCUCCAGCUUAGGAAGACCAGAGAAUAAACACGAUUGCUGCUGCUCUCAGAAAUCCUAGCAGAAGAGACCAUGGAGACUUUGACCUCAAGGCAUGAGAAAAGAGCUCUUCAUUCUCAAGCCUCAGCCCUUUCCCAAGAUAGGGAGGACAAGACCAUGUUUCAGGAGCCAUUAAGCUUCAAGGACGUGGCUGUGGUCUUCACUGAGGAGGAGCUGGGGCUGCUGGACUCUACCCAGAGACAGCUGUACCGAGAUGUGAUGCUGGAGAAUUUCAGGAACGUGCUGUCAGUGGGUGAGAGGAAUCCUCCGGGAGACAAGAAUGGAAGGGAUAUGGAAUAUAUUCAAGAUGAAGAAUUAAGGUUAUUUUCACACGAAGAGCUCUCCUCCUGCAAAAUCUGGGAAGAGGUGGUGGGUGAAUUACCUGGGAGUCAAGACUGUAGAGUAAAUCUGCAAGGAAAAGACUUCCAGUUCUCAGGAGAUGCUGCUUCCCAUCAAGCGUGGGAAGGAGCAUCUACACAGUGUUUUCCAAUUGAGAAUUUCCUGGACAGUCUACAAGGGUAUGGGCUUACCGCUUUAGAAAAUCAACAGUUUCCAGCCUGGAGAGCUAUAAGACCGAUCCCCAUUCAAGGAUCUUGGGCAAAAGCAUUUGUGAACCAGUCAGGGGAUGUUCAAGAAAGAUGUGAAAAUCUCAACACAGAAGACACUGUAUGUAAAUGUAAUUGGGAUGAUUACAGCUUUUGCUGGAUAUCUUGUCAUGUUGAUCAUAGAUUCCCUGAAAUAGACAAGCCAUGUGGUCGCAAUAAAUUUAGAAAAGACUGCAUUAAAAACUUUGUACUUCACAAUAACCCUGGAGAGAAUGGCUUGAAAAGUAACGAAUAUGGAAAUGGCUUCAGGGACGAUUCAGACCUUCCCCCUGAUCCAAGGGUACCUUUGAAAAAGAAAGGUAAGGGCUUGAGGCAGAGUGCCUAUCUUAACAGACAUCAAAGAAUUCCCACAGGAGAGAAAUCUGUUGAGAGUCUUCAUCAAGGGGUGCACACAGGAAGGAGACCUUAUAAAUGUGAGGAGUGUGGGAAGGCGUUUGGUCGAAGUUCAAACCUGCUUGUCCAUCAGAGGGUCCACACUGGAGAGAAACCGUAUAAAUGCAGCGAGUGUGGGAAGGCCUUCAGUUACAGCUCAGUGCUUCAGGUCCAUCAAAGGCUGCACACAGCAGAGAAGCCCUACAUCUGCAGCGAGUGUGGCAAAGGCUUCUGCACCAAGUUUGCACUCCUCAAGCACCAGCACGUUCACUCUGGAGAAAAGCCCUACACCUGUGUCGAGUGUGGAAAGGGAUUCAGCUGGAGCUCCAGCCUCAGCAGUCAUCAGAAGACGCACACCGGUGAGCGGCCCUACCAGUGUGACAAGUGUGGCAAAAGUUUCAGUCAGAACUCGUACCUUCAAGCUCACCAGAGAGUUCACAUGGGGCAGCAUCUGUACGAAUGCAAUGUGUGUGGUAAGAGUUUCAUUUACAACUCAGGGCUUCUCACGCAUCAGAGACUGCACACAGGAGAGAAACCCUACAAAUGCGAAUGCGGGAAGGGCUUUGGCCGGCGCUCCGACCUCCACAUCCAUCAGAGGGUCCACACAGGAGAGAAACCCUAUAAAUGUGGUGAGUGUGGGAAGGGCUUCCGGCGGAAUUCGGACGUUCACCACCACCAGUGGGUCCACACGGGAGAGAGGCCCUACAUAUGUGAUGUGUGUGGGAAGGGUUUCAUCUACAGCUCCGACCUCCUUAUCCAUCAGAGAGUCCACACUGGAGAGAAGCCCUAUAAAUGUGCUGAGUGUGGCAAAAGCUUCAGUUGCAGCUCAGGGCUUCUCAUUCACCACAGAGUCCACACUAGUGAGAAACCUUUCAGAUGCCAAGAGUGCGGAAAGGGCUUUAGGUGCACGUCAAGCCUUCACAAACAUCAGCGAGUCCACACGGGGAAAAAGCCCUAUACGUGUGAUCGGUGUGGCAAGGGAUUCAGUUAUCGCUCUAAUCUUCGCACCCACCAGAGGUUGCACACGGGAGAGAAACCCUACACUUGUCAUGAAUGUGGGAAGGGUUUCAGUUACGGCUCAGGUCUCAUUAGUCACAAGAGAGUUCACACUGGUGAGAAGCCAUACAGAUGUCACGUGUGUGGGAAGUGCUAUAGUCAGAGCUCACAUCUUCAAGGUCAUCAGAGGGUCCACACUGGUGAGAAACCCUAUAAAUGUGAGGAGUGUGGGAAGGGCUUUGGCCGCAGCUCCUGUCUUCAUGUUCAUCAGAGAGUCCACACUGGAGAGAAGCCCUAUACAUGUGAUAUGUGUGGGAAAGGCUUCAGGUACACCUCAGGGCUGCGGAACCACCAGAGAGUGCAUUUAGAUGAGAACCCUUAUAAGUAGAUGUACACAGAGGAUUCCAUCUGGGACCUGGGGCUUUCUGUCCAUCUGAGAGCCAACACAGGAGAAAAACCAUAGGAAAGUGACAUGUAGGAGGGCUAUAGGAGAAACUCAUGAUUUUACAUUUAUCUCAUAGUCUGCAUAGGAAGGGAAGACCUGGAAGUGUGAUAAGUAAGCACUUCAGUUACAAAUUUCAGUCUUUAAGAGUCUGUUGUGCAGCAGAGCAGGCUUUAAAGAAACAAUGCAGCAGUGGUUUCAGUAAAAAUCCUCACUUUCAUCAGAAUCUGCCUGGGAGGAAGCUUUUACAAUGUACAAGUGGUGAGAAUGUAUCCAAGAUGUCAAUUAUGGACAUAGAUUCUUUGUGUGGGUUGUAUAGCUAUCAAUAGGACAGCGUAGGAACAAGUUUCACCUUCCUAAAACCAGUGUGGUACAUACCUUAUAAAGAUCACUUUAUAAAAACAAAAAGGUAACAUUAACAGUUAUUGAAACAAGUCACUCUGAGAAGACCAGGAAGAGUCCUCUUAGCAGAUCUGUGUGUGUCUCACAUUUUUAUUAUGUUUUUGUGACUGUAUUUUAUCUCAUAGGUAAGCUUUACAGCUCUCAGAGGAGUUGUAGUAAACUGCAGAAAUAGUUUACUUUCCAGGUUAAAAAAACAAAAUCUGGCGUUGCAUUGAGUUAUUAAUUACAUUUAUUUAUUUAUUGGCAUUGCAUUGAAUUUAUAGGUUAAUUUUGAAAGAACGUGGCAUCUUUGAAAUGCUGAUUUUUUUUUUCACUUAAAAAAAUGACUUUUUCCCACUGAUAGUAUUUUACAUGGUCCCUUAGUAAUAUUUCUUAGAGAUGGUUAAAAAUAGGUUCUGAGUUAUCUUAAGCAUAUUUCUAGGAAUUUGUUUUAUUGCUGUCAUGAAUAUAAUGGUUUUGCUCCAGUUCAUUUCAUAGUUUAAUGUAUCAAAUAUUAGAUAUCUUAAAAAUCACAAACGCCAUUUCACCCUAAAGUAGUAAAAUUAGCAGUAGUAAAAUAGUCAUCAAAUCCCCCAUCACUGGGGGGGUUGUAGAAACAUGCAGUCUGAUAUGGUUUGGCUCUGUGCCCCACCCAAAUCUCAUCUCAAAUUUUAAUCCCCAUGUGUCAGAGGAGGGCCUUGGUCAGAGAUGAUUGGAUCACGAGCGCAGAUGUCUCCCUUGCUGUUCUCAUGAUAGUGAGUUCUCAUGAGACCGAUGGUUUUAAGGUGUAGCCCUUCCUCGUUCUCUCCUUCCUGCCCCCCUUGUGAAGAAGGUCCUUAUUUCUCCUUUGCAUUCAGCUGUGACUGUAAGUUUUUGGAGGCCUCCCCAGCCAUGUGGAACUGUAAGUCAAUUAAACCUCUUUCCUUUAUAAAUUACCCAGUCUCAGGUAGUUCUUUAUAGCAGUGCAAAAAUGGACUUAUUUUUGCAAAAAUGUACAUAAGUCUUAUGUACUUAUUGGUAAGAGAGAAAAUGGGUGCACGGUUUUUGAAAGAAUUCGUUAACAUAUCAGUUCAAUUUCUAUAACCUUUGAAGUGGCAGUAAAUACGUAGGUGGAGUUUUUUAAAGGUUUUUUUUUUUUUUUGUUUUUAAAUAGCAAAUGUUAAUAUUUCCAGUUUCCAUUGGUAGGAAAUUUUUAAAAAUAAGUUCAGGCAUAUGUAUGCAAUGGAAAGCCAUUAGAAAUCUCUAGGCACACAGAUAAUGACGAUGAAGGUUGCUCGUGAACUGUUUAGUGAACCAGGAGAAGUUUAGAACAAUUAUAGCACGACCCCAUUUUGUUAAUAUGUUUUUCUAUUUGUAUGUUUAGAGCAACAGAGAAAAAAAUACUUAUAAGAGGUCACUAUCAUUAACUAAUCUCUAGUGGUGGGAUUCUGAAUAUAUAAUACAUACAUUGUACUUUUAUGUAUUUUACUUUGUAACAAAGUAUCUUUCAGUCUUAUAAUAACAGUAAAGCUAUUUUUAAAAAAUUAUCCUGAUGGAACAAUCCGUUAUGAUUAAAGAUUCAUGUUGUAACCUCUACAACUUUUUUGGCUUUUUCUCCUGUUCACCCAACUCCCUGUACCAAAGAUAAGGCAUACAAAUGAGUGAUGUGAAUACUCAGAGGGUACAUCAUUUUUGCUGACUGGUAGGAGAUGAGGCCAUCUAGAUAAUUAGGAGCCACGGUGUAUCCAUUUUGCAGUCCUGCCUUCUUGGACUAGUGAGCUCACGAGCCUGAUUUUGUAGAGGGCAGCACAUCAUCAUGUGUUCCUCCAGGAUAACCUCUCUGUUUGGCGACUCAGGAAACCUGGGUCUGCUCUGGUCUGAGCCCUCUGCUGCCUGGAGCUGCCAAAGAGAGAAGACGUGUCAGGAGGUGGGGAACAGGCACUUUAUAUCUAAAUAAAGAACAUAACCAAAGUAUUUACUGUGGGAAAUAAGGUUUCGGAAGUGGGCAGGGGGCGGGGAUAAAAAGUAAUUUAUGGGAACUGCAGCAGGGUCACUCGGGAUGUAGGAUUUCAUGGCCAAUAGAACAAAUGCAGACACCAUCCCCAUCCCUCCUACCUCAAAGUUUGUGGCUGAAAAGUUUAACUCAUUCUGUAUUCCCUGAGGUUGUCAGCAGACUCCUCAAAUUCUAGGCAGUAUCUCCCCCAAUGUUCUAGAGGCAGCUGUCAAAUGUUGGCAGGGGCUGCAGUCAUCUGAAUGCUGGACUGGGGCCUGCAAGUUCUGCUCCCAAGAUCACUUCAGGCAGGAGCCUCUCAGUUCCUUGCUGGCUGUUAACAGAAGUCUCUUUCUCACCUUGUGGGCUUCCCAGGGCUAAAGGCCUUCAUCAUGCAGCAAAUGACAUCCCCCAGAGUAAGUAAUCAGAGAGGAGAGAGCAAGCCGGAAGCCAGGGUGCCUUUUAUGACCCAAUUUCUUAAGUCAUCAUCACUUCUGCUAUAUUCAUGAGGAGUCACUAAGUCUAGGCUACACUUAUGGGGAGGGGUCACAUCUUAAAACCACAGCACCUGUGUAAUCAUGGGAGACUAAUGUGGAUGGAAUGGUCACGCCAACAGUGGGUCUGCCUUGUGCACUUGUGAUGUCUCUUUUCUACUUCCGGGUCUGCAGUCCUUGAGGUCUCACUGGGUUGCCUAAAGUUUACUCAGGUGCCAACCAGCUGCUAGGAUUUCAGUGGCAGUAAAGUAUACAGACAGUUAAGGAGAGAAAGUGCAACUGUUGUGCAGUGGGUUGCUGUGGGGGUAGGAAUUCAGUGCUUUCUAUGAGAUAAAAUGAGGCGUUACUCUGUGGUGUCAUUUUUUUUAAUGCUCUAUGGUAGAAAGGUUAAUACAAGUUUAAGGGAAUUUGCAGAGUUGUAAAAGCAGCCUGUCUGUGGGGACAACAUUGGAAAUAAAAUCUGGUAGUACAUAGAGAGAUAAUUAAGCAAGUUGUCGCUAACUGGAGUGGGUUGGUAGGGGAGAUGGGUCUGGUCAGAAUCUAAGGUUCAUGCUGACAGUAACAUUGUAUCCUGCCAACAAGUUGAUGAUGUGGACGUUUGGUAAGGUGGGUUCAGAUACAAAGGACACCAAUAUCCCAGAAGCAUUUGUGGAUCUAAACAAGUUGCAACUAUACUUCAGGACAGUCGUCAGCCUGAAUACACAUAUCUCAAGUAUAAUAAGGGCAUUGUGAAGUAACAGUAUGCCUUCAAAAUGAAGCAUGCCAAGUUAGCAAGGGAAUCUCCCAGCAACCAUUAGGAUGAGACAGUUUGACGGGAGGUCAGAACUUAAAAUUCAGCUUAGCUAUACUUGAGCGAUCUCUUGCAUCCAGAUGUGUUGUUAAGAAUACCGAAACACCUCAGUCUGUUGCACUGAACCCUGGAGUCACAGCAUAACAUGGGAUUGUGCAAUCUGGCCAUCAGGAGUGAUUGCAUAUCACAUUCAGCUUCUCGAAUGGCUAUUGACAUUUGGCCAGUCCAUAGAUACUAUGUCAGACCCUAUUUUAACCACUAAGAGUUCAGCCAUUAAGAAUCAUGCCUCUGCAUAAUCUGGGCAUGGGGCCCUGCAUGAAGCUGUCACAGGCAGGCAGCAUGCAGAGCAGAAAGGCAGAUCAUGAAGUCGUACUGACCUGGGUUUAAGUCUGAGAUCCGCCAUUCCUUUCUUCAUCUCUAAAACAGAAUCACACUCUCUGCUUCACAUAGAAAUGUGAUGUAUUCACCCAAUACAUUUUUCACUCUUUUUCCUUUUACCAACGGGGUAGGUUUGUUUGCUUCCUUCAGGCCUGUUGAAUGAAGCGUCUGUCUAGUCCCAAAAAGACUGGGUUCCUUCUGGAUGGAACACUUGGGAAGGCAGUGCACCCCUCCCCCAAAACUUGGUCCCAUGCAUCUCUUCACCUGUACCGUUCUGCAAUUUCCUUCAGAAUCAACUGCUAAACAUAAGUGUUUCCCUGAGUCCUGUCAGCUGCUCUAGGCAGAUUAAUGGAAUUCAAAAAGGAAAUGGUGGUGGAAUUCUGAUUUCUAGCCGGCCUGUCGGAAGCACAGGUCAAACAACCAGGCGCAUGCCACUGUUUUCAAUGUUUUCAUUUUGAAAAGUCGUUUUAGACACAGGGUCUCUGUGCAAUCGUCCUGAAUCGACCCCCUGAGUAGCCAGGACCACAGGGGCACACCACCAUGCCUGACUGUUCACCCAUUUUUCCAUUAUUCAUUUUUCCCCCAUUUUGUGUUGUGUAGCUACUGUCUGUCAUGUGUUCAGGAUAAUUUUCUCCAAUAAUUUGAUCUCUGUUCUUCCUUUAAUAUACGAUCAAAUUCAUAGACUUGACCUCAGGGCACGUAGGUUGAGAAGCA